AAAUUACAAAAGUCCUCUAGUUAUUGAUAGAGGAACUUCAGCGCAUUUUUGACGCAGCGAUCAGUAUUUGAUUAGCAAGUUAAGGCGAAUUAAAUAGCAGAAUAUACUGCGAUAAAUCGAUAGUAACGGAGCUAAUAAAAAGGAGCUGGUUAAAGUUUUUCUCCGGACGAACGAACAAAGUGUAUUAUUAAGCUACAUUUUCAAAACAAGUUUCAUAAAUUCGCUAAAAAGUCAUGAGUCAGUUAACAAAGCAGCAAAUUAAGCGAUAUAAUCGGCAAAUUAUAGUUCCGAGUAUCGGAGUUAAAGGACAAGUGAAACUAUUAGAUGCUAAGGUAGUGAUUGUUGGUGCUGGUGGCUUAGGAUGUCCGGUUUCAAGCAAUUUGACUGGAACUGGAGUAGGAACAAUCGGAAUUGUUGAUUAUGACGAAGUUGAGGAAUCAAAUCUUCACAGGCAGCUAUUGCAUUAUGAAAGUGAUGUACUAAAGAAUUCUAAGGUAGAUUCUGCAAUAAAUAAGCUCCAGCAAAUGAACUCAUCCAUCAAAUUCAUUCGUCAUAAUAUUCUCAUUAAUUCAUCAAAUGCUUUUGACAUCCUUAGAGACUAUGACAUAGUUGUGGACUGUACAGACAAUGUUGCAACUCGUUACUUACUCAAUGAUGCUUGUGUAUUACUUAAAAAACCUCUUGUAUCAGGUUCAGCUCUUCAAUUGGAAGGACAACUGACAGUUUAUAACUAUCAAGAUGGUCCAUGUUACCGCUGUAUUUUCUCAAAACCUCCUCCACCUGAAACUGUUCAAAAUUGUGGCGAUAGUGGUGUAAUUGGUGCUGUAACAGGUGUUAUUGGAUCUUUGCAAGCAAUGGAGGUUGUUAAAAUUAUUAUGAAUCAUGAGAAUGUCAUGUCUGGAAAGUUGUUGCUGUAUGAUGCAGCUAUGUGUAGUUUUAGGAACAUUAAAUUGAGAUCCAGACGAAAAGAUUGUGAAGUUUGUGGUGAUAAUCCAACGAUAACGAAAUUGAUUAAUUAUGAGCAGUUCUGUGGCAUGUGUGCGAUGGAUAAGAAUCCAAAUCUAAAGAUUUUAUCUGAAAAUGAAAGGAUGUCAGUAUCUGAUUAUCAAAAUAUCACAAAUGAUCACCUGUUGAUUGACGUUAGAGCUGUAAAUGAGUUUGAGAUGUGUCAAAUAAAGAAUUCUAUAAAUGUUCCUAUAAAGCAACUACUUGCUGGAAAGUUAAAUGAUGAAUUAUUGAAUGAAAUGAGACAAAAGGAUGUUUAUGUUGUGUGUAGGCGUGGGAAUGAUUCACAACUAGCUGUAAAGUGCCUUUCUGACAAGUAUAGCAUCAAAUCAAAAGAUCUAAUUGGUGGAUUAUACAAAUGGAAUGAGGAAAUUGAUAAUAAUUUCCCUCUUUAUUGAGUAAUUAAUGUAAUUUACAUAAAUAUUAAAGUUUAAUCAAAAUCAGUCAUUAAAUCAUUGCAAAGCUCAUUGAUCAAGUUGAUGUUUCGAAGAAGUCGUUCCUUCAUUGCUGUAAAAGAUAUUUUUGUAAUAAAUAAGUUUAAUUAAGUCGAUUAAACCUUACAAAGCAGCUGAUUUAUUUCACUUGACAUUUUAUUUUGCCAUUGAAUUUUUUCUUCCAGCAAUUCAAGAAUAUCUUCGUCAAAGUCCUCAUCUGAAUCCAUUGAUUCCGUCUCCGUAGAAUAUGAAUCUGACAAAUCUUCUUCACUUUGGAGCUGAUUAAUCUCUUCCUGACUCAUUUUUCUUAAUUUUAUUAUUUUUUGGCGAGGUUUUGUUUCUUUUUUGUAAACUUUGUU